AUGCCGAGCCUUGUUGAAAUUGCGGUAACGCAGUUGAAGAAGCCUAGGUACAAAGACUAUUUUAAAAAUCACAUGGUGGGGAUCGACGGCCACGCGAUCGAUGGAUACAGCAAGUUUAUUGCAACAGGAGAGGAGGGAAGCCUAGAUGCACUCAAAUGCGCCGCUUGCAAUUGUCACCGUAGGGAAACUGAAGGAGGAGAAGCUUUUGUUUUUCACCACCACAACAACAAGUACUUCUUACCCACCACCCACACGGACAUUUCAGCUAUAGAAGCCCAAGUGGGUACCUCCACGUUGCCCACCUGUAGUAGCGGAGACUCUCCCUCACCUUGCCGUCGAGUUCAGGUGGCAGAGGGAAUGGGUCAAGAGAUAAGCUUGAGGACUACUAUCCCAACCCCAGAGCCAACUCAAGAAAAAAAAGGUUCCGGACUGUUAACUGAAUUAACAGAUUCUAUCCUAGUCAGCUCCAGCAUCACCAUCUGUGACCACAGCUAUCCACUUCAUCAGCUGACUCAGCCUUGCUGUUGA